AUGUGCAGUGUGGCUCUUGCCGGCGUGAGACACGGACGAAGAAGAGACGAUAGAUGCGAGGAGCGUGAACCAUGUUGCGUUCAUGCUCCUUGGGGUAUCCCCAUUCCUGCAACUUCCCCGCUCGGCGUGGGGAGUCCCAUGUGCAGUGUGGCUCUUGCCGGCGUGAGACACGGACGAAGAAGGGACGAUAGAUGCGAGGAGCGUGAACCAUGUGCCAUAAAAAAUAGUAACUGUGUGGCCAAGAUGCGGUGGAAAUAUUGUCCGCUGUUUGUUUUCUUGACCAUGACUGGUGAUAUAAGUGCGCAAAAUGAUGGUGGUACUCAUGACGCGUCAUCGGGGCUCAUGGUGCAAAAAUGUUGUCCGGAAGGUCAAGUGUCAUUUUUUGAUAGUUCUACCGGAAAUAACCUCGUUUGUGUGCCUCGGAAUCCUGACCUGGGACCGGACUACGAUUGGACCGGGAAUUUCACUACUUUCGAUGGGGAUAAAAUGGUGAUUGCUGACAAGAAACCCAACUUCACUGCUACUUUCGGGGUGCCGAAAUGCGACGAAUUUCGGGUGCUUUCGCCUGAGAGGAAUGCCAGUGAAAACUUUGCCGUGUUUGUGGACGGGAACUUUGCCGUUGAGUCUGGUCAUUAUAUAAACCCUGGAAGCUAUUGUGUGGACCGGUUUGUGGACGACAAGGAAAAUUUGACUAUUACGCAUCGUGGUGCGAUCAUUUGCGGGCCGGCGAAAUGGUUACCCCCUGCUGGGGUUGCCUCCAGAAUUGAUUUGCUGACUGGACACGUGAAGUACCCUAAGUGUUGUGCGAGAAAUCAA